AUGAUGCGAUACCCAAAGCGCUUUACACUAGAGCAAUGGGACUCUUUAGCAAAUCCUCUAAAGAAGCCAAAGUUGAUCACUUUCGAUGCGUAUAACACACUUUAUUCAACGACACUGCCGGUAAUGGUCCAGUAUGCUAAAGUGGGCCACCGAUUUGGUAUAAAAACAAGCGCAGAGGAGUUGACCUCACGGUUUCCCAAAAUCUUCAAAAACCUUAGGGACACACAUCCGAAUUAUGGCAAACACACUGGCUUGACCCCAACGCAAUGGUGGGAACUACUGAUUUCCAGUGUAUUCGCUCCCGUUGACGUUCCUAAGAAAAUGAUAUCUGAGAUCUUACGGCUUUUUGAAGGCCGCGAUGCCUAUACCGUCUAUCCAGAUCUUUUGGAGCUUUUGAAGAUCCUUCGCGAGCGCUAUCCAGAAACGGUAUUGGCAGUUGUGAGCAACACGGAUCCUAUUAUGUACAAGUUGAUCAAAAAUCUCGGUUUGAAGUCAUAUUUCGACAGCCACGUCUACUUGUCCUAUGAUCUCGAGGUUUCCAAGCCGGAUCGUAGAUUUUUCGACGCUGUUUUACAGGACGUUGUGGGCCGUUAUCCAGCUUUGGCUUCAGAACACGGAAUGGAAGAACUUAAGUCAUUUUGUUGGCAUAUCGGCGACGAAGAGGCCAAUGACUUGAGAGCCGCACAAGCUGCAGGUUGGAAUGCAGUUUUACUCGACAGAACCAACAAAUAUGGGCAUUUCUCGGAGACAGGAACAGCUAAGGAUCGUCAACUUCAUCAACUUUUUGCAGACAAAAUCGAUAAUGAUGCAUACAAAAGCUGGGAAGCGUCGCUGCAACAACCUGACAUCCUACAAUUGUCACAGCGCGAGUUUGUUGUCGCCAAUUAUGCCACGUUUGGCGAGCUGCUAUUCAAGAAGGAAGGUACAGCCUCAAAGUUGAAGGAGAGCAUCAAAAGAGAGACUUGA